GGUCUCUCUCUCUCUAUCCCGGGUUGGUCUCUCUGUAACCUGCUCUCCGCCCUCUUCCUGCUAUUGGCCCAGGAGCCCCUCCCGAGUUGAGAAGCUGCCGGGUUUACUGAAGUCGGGAGAAAGUUGGAGUCGCGCCUGCGACAGAAUCUGAACUCCAGCCAUGGGCAGCAAGGAGGAUGAAUAUGACUAUCUGUUUAAAAUCGUGCUGAUUGGCGAUUCUGGCGUGGGCAAGAGCAACCUCUUGUCCCGCUUCACGCGCAACGAGUUUAACCUGGAAAGCAAGAGCACGAUCGGAGUGGAGUUUGCCACGAGGAGCAUCCGAGUGGAGAACAAGACCGUGAAGGCCCAGAUCUGGGACACGGCUGGGCAGGAGCGCUACCGAGCCAUCACGUCCGCGUAUUACCGAGGGGCAGUAGGAGCGCUCCUGGUAUAUGACAUUGCCAAGCACCUGACCUAUGAGAACGUGGAGCGCUGGUUGAAGGAGCUGCGAGACCACGCUGACUCAAACAUCGUCAUCAUGCUCGUCGGCAACAAGAGCGACUUGAGGCACUUGCGGGCAGUUCCUACCGAUGAGGCCCGGACGUUUGCAG